AAACGCCAAUUUUGGUUUGGAGCAUAUUUCAUUAUCUGACAAUUCACCAUUCCACAAUAUUGAUUAAGAAACUUCCUAUGCAUUUUCCCAAGUCACUAUCUUCAUCUCUUUUCCCAGCCAUUAGUUCAAGACUUGUACAGUUUCCUUAGCUUUUCUCUGAAUCUGUUAUCUCCAUCCGUUGAUUCUAAACUUCUUUGUUUUCCUUAUUCUUCCACAAAGAUUUUGGUUUUUAGCAUACGGGUGUCUGGAAAAAUUGUUAAAGAUGAAAAUUUCCCUGCUUUCAUGGAUUCCCUUGAUAUGCUUGUUGCAAAUAAUAUUGGGGAUAGAUAUCAUUUUUAUAUCCGGGCAAUGCCAGAAUGAUCAAAUAUCACAGUUGCUGCAGUUGAGGACUAGCCUAAAGUUCGAGUCGGGGGCUCCAACCAACAAACUUGCAACCUGGAACCAGAGCACAGAUUGUUGCCACUGGCAUGGGGUGAAAUGUGACAACUCAAGUCGUGUGAUCAGUUUGAGUCUCGACAAUGAAACAAUUGUCAGCAUUGACAAUUCAAGCAGCCUUUUCAGUCUUCCGUAUAUUGAGGAGCUGAAUAUGGGUUUCAACUCUUUCAACUCUUCUCCGAUUCCUGUUCAGAUGUAUAAUCUUGCAAACUUGAGGUACCUGAAUUUAUCAAAUGCUGGUUUCGGUGGGCAGAUUCGAAGUUCAAUCGGGGCUCUUAGUUCUCUUGUUCUUCUCAACCUUUCACACAAUGCUCUAACAGGAAAAAUCCCUAGAGAAUUUGGAAAUUUGACACUGCUUGAAUCUCUAGACCUGUCAGCUAACCAGUUUAGUGGCGAAAUCCCAGUGCAGCUCACAGAACUCUCGUUUCUUUCGUUCUUGAAUCUAUCCGUAAAUGAGUUCUCUGGCAAGAUUCCAACUGGCAAGCAGUUUCAAACUUUUUCAGAAGAUUCGUUUCGAGAUAAUCCUCAACUUUGCGGGUUACCAUUGAACAGAACUUGCACACCAUCGGUGCCUACUCCUCAUAGCUUAGGUUCAUCUGAGGUAAGAUGGGAGUUUGUAACUGCUAGUUUGGGUUUUGUUGUGGGUUUAUCCGCACUUCUCUGACUUCUGCUGCAUAACAAAAUAUGCAAAGAAAUGUUCUUCUAAGGCUUUUUCGUCACUGACAUCAAAGAAAAGUAUUUCCAGGACGCAGGGAACAAAUGCUGCAGACAAAAGCUCCAGUUUCAGAAACAAUUUCAAUUUUAAUUUGUAUAAGCAUAUAAAAAAAAAGGCAAUAAGGUGUGUUUUCUUUCUAUUUUUCAUACUACUCCCAAAGCUUGUGUUAAAAUGAAACAUCUGUCAAGUUUAGUAAUAACUUGUUAUACAAAAUAUUCGGUGCAUCUAAAGUUAAAAUUCUUGAGA